CAAGUGUUUUUGUUUCAUCAGAGUCUGCGGUCAGAUGAUUCCCACGAUUUUAGCAAUCCUAGCCUUGAUAUCAGUGCUCUGCUACUGGCCGGCGGCUAAUGUUUUCCUUACCUAUGCAUGUGCGUCCUCUGACUCUUUCCUGAGAACCGCGGUCACUGGCACCGCGAAAAACGUGUGCCUGUUUGUUCCGAAGCAUCGAUUCUUGCUCUCCUGUCAGCGCUACGGACACGAUACCCAUAUUUCACUGGGUGCCCAAAUCCACCAUCCAAAACGAAUUAGAUAAAGGGGACCAACAACUUAUACCAGUCGACAUUUAGUGAUGAUUUGGAGGGACUUUUUCGUGGUGCUGGGUUACUAUCCCCUUUAUAUGUAAUUUCAGAGACUCCAAAUCCAGUUCCAUCUAAGAGGAUUCGAACUCCUUCAGUAGUGCAUCUACCUCAAGAACUUGU